AUGGUCGAGGUCGCCUCGCUCUACGGCGUCGAGGCGCGGCCGGGGGGCCGCUGCACCGGCGUCUGGGUCGGGGACAGGAAGAUCGGGGCCAUCGGGGUCAGGAUCUCCUCCGGGUUCACCUCCCAUGGCCUCGCCUUCAACAUCGAUCCCGACUUGGGCUACUUCAAGCACAUCGUGCCAUGCGGCAUCGCCAACAAGGAUGUCACGUCGCUGCGUCAGGAGGCAAAAGUGGAACUCCCUCCUGACGAGGUGAUCCAUCAUCAGCUCGUGCAGAGCUUGGCCAAAACCUUCCGUUUCAGCGAUGUGAAAGUCAAGGAUGAUUCCGAGUGUACAGAGAUGGUUUACUCAGCUGCUGCGCAACGAUGA